AUGUCAGCUCCAGCACUCAACUUCAGGGUGAAUCAUGCCGACAUAGAGUUGGAAUUGAAAGCCGUACGAAUGGAAUUUUUUCACGACCACCGCAUCGAAAAGAAGUCCUUGGUUAUCGUCUCGGAGCACUACUGUCCAGGAGGAGGAUCGGUUGUGAUCGGAUAUGACGGCAAACUUUCAACUUGUGAUAUGCUGAGGCAAUGUGGUCCUAAUCAGAUUUGCAAUCCACAAUGUGGGCUGUGUUGUACAAAACUUCGAACGUGCCCACGUCCAGCUAAAACUAUGCUAAACGCCAUCACAGGGAAACCAGUAAUGUGUCAGAUCAAAUUCGGACAAAUUAUGCCGUGUCCUGAUAGUGGGUAUUGCGAAACCAAGACCGGAUUCUGCUGCAAAAGCGACAAUAUCGCCCCUAAGCCAUUACCAUUUGAAGAGAAAUACGGAGGAACAUCGCCCAGUCCAGUUAAGUCUGGAAGGCCGUUCCCCGUUUCAGUGAGAACCCUACCGUGGCGAGGACAGCUAUGUCUUGUGCGUGAUGGAUGCGACGGUGGAGCUGUAUGCACCUGUGAUAGUGGUGGUAAAUGUCGUUGUGAGUGCCCGGCCGAGCUCGGCUACACUAUAGCAGCCGAUGGAAAAACAUGCAAGAGAGUACGACGACGACUCAAAGAGAAAUGCAAAACCGACAUGGAGUGCUCUUCAGCCUUUUCAGAAUGUACAACAGGUGGAUGUCGUUGCAGAAAAGGCUUCCAGAGAGAUGGUAGUGACGGAUGUAAGCCUAUAAGUUAUAAAUGCGUAAACAAUGGACAACCGCUGAUGAUCUCCGGAAAAAUUGUAUCUUGUUCGAUGAGAUCAGCAGCUGCUAAAUUAAUGUUCAGUAGCCAGAAGAGGAAACCUAUGAAGGCGAAGAAUACCACUAAGUUAGUGAGCACAAACUCAUCAUUAUCGGACUGGAGUGAGCGAGAUGACUGUCCCGACAAAUACUACUGUGUACCGCUCUUCGACGACGCUAUGAAACCAGGAUUUUAUGAGGGAUUUUGCUGCCCGUUACCUGGAGAAAAUCACCCGGUUUGUCCUGUGGGCGAACCUCAUGAGACGAGUGCACCGCCAGACUAUGGUUGCGACCACUGCCCAAUGGAAUACUACUGUCACAAAGAUGCAGUCUUUUCUAAUCAACCUAUUUGCUGUCCAAAGCCAUGCAUCUCUAUGGAGGAUAUCUACUACGAUGGACAGUGCUACUCAACUGCUUAUUAUGGAGACAGUUGCCAUAUAUCUGCUCAGUGCUCACCGUCUCGUAAUUCAACUGAUGAGUUUUCGGAGAAUUCUCCACUGGAGUGUGUUAAAGGAGUUUGUGUUUGUCGAGCGGGCUAUAGCCACAUAGAAGGCGAAUGCAAAAGGGUGAUGUGCACGAUAGGACUGCGUGGUGAGCCGUCCGUAGACAGAAAUAAUCAGCUGAUCCGAUGUGCACGAUCCGAUGACUGCUCUCAAGGACAAAUGUGCGAUCCCAACACGCACGUCUGCUGCAAAGGAGCAAACAGAUGCCCGAAAGGAUACGUGGAAAAUGGUUUGCUAUGCGAAAACGACAAAUGUCAACGACCCGGCAGCCUCUGCUUUCGGGCCAAGACAGGGAAGGAUGCCCGAAAGGAUACGUGGAAAAUGGUUUGUUGUGCGAGAACGACAAAUGCCAACGACCCGGCAGUCUCUGCUUUCGGGCCAAGACAGGGAAGGUGA